GCAACCCACAUUCAAAUCUACCAAAGCUAGCCGCAUCUCAACAGUGUUAAUGAUGAAGACCACGUUGGCUAUGCUUUUGCUCCUUUUUGUUUUCUCAUCAAAAUCCUCUGCAACUGAUGAAAAUGUUCCAGUGUAUGACGUCAAUGGCGAUGAGCUCCGCCCUGGCGUUCAAUAUUACGUUGUGUCAGCAAUAUGGGGUGCUGGUGGUGGCGGGUUAUAUCUAGGCCAAGGUAGAAACAAAACGUGCCCAUAUGAUGUUGCCCAAGAAAGGUCCGACCUGGUUCGUGGCAUUCCAGUGACAUUUUCUACGGUGGACACCGAGGGUGAUGUUAUCCACGAAUCAACUGACCUUAACAUCAAGUUCAUCCCUCCCCAACCUACAGCUUGUUCCCUAUCAACAGUGUGGAAGGUGGACUGCUAUGACGAAUCAGGGGGAGAAUGGUUCGUGACAACUGGCGGGUUGGAAGGUGACGCACAGGCUUUGUCCAGCCUGUUUAGGAUUACUGCGGCUCCUGGCGGUAUCUCCUAUAAACUUGCUCUCUGUCCUUCAGUGUGUGAGUCAUGCACAAAAUAUUUAUGCAGUGAGAUCGGAAGACAUUCAUCUGGUUUUGACUCCCUGAUACGCCUAGUUCUAAGCGACAACGGAUGGCCUUUUGUAUUUAUCAAAGCCAGUGAUGAUGAGGUUCUAAAACAAGUUGUGAAUGUCUGAAUGAAAUGUGUCCAAGUUUAGCAAUUACUACAAAUAAAAGUAGAGGCUCUGCUUCCCUCUACAUAUGUUGAUUAUGUAAUGCAAUAUGAUUAUUGCCUUGGUCUAAAUAAAUAUCUAGCUACUAAGGAAAAGCGCUUGCCACUUUUCCUUUGCUUCUAUC